UUUUCCAAAACCCUCUCGAUUUAGGGCUUUGGCGCUUCAAACGGCGCCGGCGACGGGACAUGGCCUCGGCCCGGCAGUUCGAAUUAGCGAAGGAGAGCGAGCUCAGGGUGGAGGUCGGCCCCGACGCGCCGCUCCGCCUCCGCCUCCUCUCCGGCGCCGCCGAGAUCUUCGGCACUGAAUUGCCCCCCGGCAAUUGGAUCUCCGCUCCUCCACAUAGCAAGAUCGCAGUGUUCACCUGGAAUGGUGCGACUAUCGAACUGGACGGAAUCAGCGAAGUGGAGUACGUGGCGGAUGAGACGCCGAUGGUGAGUUAUGUGAAUGUUCAUGCCAUUCUUGAUGCGAGAAGAGCUCGUGCGAAGUCAUCUCAAGCUAGUGGUAUGGACUCUUCGCAGGGUCCUAGGGUGAUUGUUGUAGGACCCACUGAUUCAGGGAAGAGUAGCUUGUGCAAGAUGCUUCUGAGCUGGGCUUGUAAACUGGGUUGGAAACCUACCUAUGUGGAUCUGGAUAUUGGUCAGGGGUCCAUAACCAUUCCUGGGUGCAUUGCUGCUACUCCAGUUGAGAUGCCUAUAGAUGUCAUGGAAGGAAUUCCUUUAGAAAUGCCUAUUGUGUACUUUUAUGGGCAUACAACUCCGAGUGCAAAUGGGGAUCUCUACAAAGUACUUGUGAAGGAGCUGGCUGCAACUCUGGAGAGACAAUUCUCUGGAAAUGCUGAAGCUAGAGCUGCAGGCAUGGUGAUUAACACCAUGGGAUGGGUGGAAGGUCUUGGUUACGAGUUGCUUCUUCAUGCAAUUGACACUUUCAAGUGUGAUGUGGUUCUAGUCUUGGGGCAGGAGAAACUGUGCAGCAUGCUCAAGGAUGUUUUGAAGAGUAAGCCUAAUGUAGAUGUCGUGAAACUUCAUAAAUCAGGAGGGGUAGUACUGAGGAAUCAAAGAGUCCGUCAAAAGACAAGGAGCUUGAGAAUCAGGGAAUACUUUUACGGGCUUGCAAAUGAUUUAUCUGCACACUCAAAUAUCGUCAACUUCACUGACAUUUCAGUUUAUCGUAUCGGUGGUGGUCCACAGGCUCCUCGUUCUGCUCUGCCUAUAGGUGCAGAGCCUGUAGCUGACCCAACUCGCGUAGUUGCAGUUAACAUAAACCGUGAUUUGCUCCAUCUUGUUUUAGCUGUUUCAUAUGCUAAGGAAUCUGAUCAAAUUAUAUCCAGCAACGUUGCUGGGUUCAUUUAUGUCACUGAUAUAGACAUCCAGAGGAAGAAGAUUACAUAUCUCGCACCGUGCCCUGGCGAACUCCCUAGCAAAAUUUUAAUAGUGGGAACCUUGACAUGGUUGGAAGGUUGAGAGAAGUUAUGUAUGCUCUUCAAGCAUGGUAAGAGCUUUCGAGGAAGUGAAGAACUGCGAUUGAACUGUGUUUUGAGCAUUGUACUUUGUUUCAA